CCGUCGAGCGACGGCGGCGUCGUCGGCGAGCGGCCGUUCAGCGACGUCGUCUACGGAUGCGCGUUCUGCGCGGCGACGACGUACGCGUUGGGCGCUGUGGAUUGUUGGAUGCGCGCGAACGCGAUGGCGCGCGCGCCGUUCAUGAUCGGGGCGUGGGCGAGCCUGUCGGUGCUGGCGUUCGGCGUCGUCGACGCGCCGCCGCUGCGAUGGUGGAAUUUAAUCGUCGCCACGACGUGCUCGGCGCUCAUCGGCGUUCUGUCGGUGCGCGCGUUCGGGGCGAAUCACGUCGCGCGCGCGGUCGCGCUCGGCGCGUCGCUCGCGGUGAUGAUGCGUCUGGGCGCGAUUCAUCCGCCCGCGGGCGCGGUGGCGUUCGCGGCGGUGGAAUCGCCCGCGUUCGCGGAUUUGGGAUGGUGGUUCGCCGUCUAUCCCGCGCUCAUCGGCGCCGUGUUCAUC